CUCAAGUUUCUCCUUUCCUUUGACGAUUUCUCAAGUUCCUCCUCUUCUUUGCUUCGUCUUUCAGUUUGCUGUAUGAUAUACAGUAAAGGAACACGUGUACGACACCUACGAUAUCGACAGUUGUGAAAAAACACAUUAAUGGAUAGUCGACAAUCAAAAAAAAGUUCUCGCUCGGUGACAGAAGCUGAUGAUAAGAAUGCCAAACACCGUAAAAUAGAUGUUCGGGUAGCAGCCACUGAGAAAGAAAAAAUAUUGUUGCAACGUCGCCUCAAAAAUCGUCAAACAAAAACUAAUCGCCUUCUUGCAAAUGCACAUCACGUAAAUCCCAUUGGAACAACAUCUAAAUUACAGGAUGAUCUCACUAUUGGAGCUUUUUGUUCUUCUUCAGAAUUAGUUAUUGAGCGUACAAUUUUUCCCUCAUUGGAUGUCUUUCAUAGCGAGAAAGAUGUGAUUCAUCCUUUCCAUGUUUUUGAAAAAGGCUCGACAUCGGGUACAGCAAAUGAUUUAUGUACUCCAAUCUUGGAUACAUCUACAACUAAAGCAUAUGCAGUUCAGAAGGAUAAAAACAUGCUUCAUCCAACCCCUGUUUCUGAAAAAGGUAGGGUUGUGAAUCCAUAACCAGGCUCAACAUCAGAAACUACAAAUGAAUCAUGUGCUUUAACCUCUAAAACAGUUACAACUAAAGGUUCGUAUCACCGUCACCCUUAGCUGGUUUUAUCAUUUUCUUGGUUUCUGUCUCUUAAAGAUAUUUGAAAUAUGCAGGCCAUCUAAGGAAUAAAAAAACUACAACUAAUAUUAAUCAACUACGUUCUAAUUAUGUUCUACUAAAAAAGGUUCCAAAUUGUAAAUUUUGUCACGCGAAAAAAUUUGAGUAUGAACCCCCUGGAUUUUGCUGUAGCAGUGGUACAGUGAAGUUACCCUCCCAUCAAAUGCCAGCUAAACUAAGAAAUUUAUAUAUGGGAAACAACGCAAAAUCCAAGCACUUUCAAACGUACAUCAGAACAUAUAAUAAUAUGUUUGCCUUUACGUCACUUGGUGUCAAUUAUGACAAAGAUUUAGCCAAGAGAAACCGUGGUAACUAUACAUUCAGAGUUCAAGGACAGAUGUAUCACUUGAUAGAUGAUUUAUAUCCCAAAGAAAGAGGGCCGAGAAAUUUGCAACUCUACUUUUAUGAUAAUGCAAAUGAGCUUGAAAAUAGAAUGGCUUGUUCAGAUAAAUUAAAUGAAUCAAUAGUGAACGAACUUAUGGACAUACUAAAAGAUAAUCCAUACUCAAUGUUUCUGCGAUCCUAAACAGACAUGUCGAACUUCCAAAACUUUCAUAUAGCACUAAAAUGUGACACUGGAUUGGAUCAACGUGUAUAUAAUGUGCCUACUACUACUGAAAUUGCAGCAAUAUGGGUUGAUGAAAAUGAUGGUUCUGCUAUUCAUACACCACAUCUUCAAAUUUAUACUCACAGUGACAAGACACAAAGAGUGAACUAUUAUUUUGGGUGUUAUGACCCUUUACAGUACCCGUUGUUAUUUCCACAUGGUCAAAGCGGGUGGCACUGUGGUAUUAAAAAGCUUCCCAAACCAGAAAACAUUCCUAGAAGUCGCACUCUUGAAUUUGAACAAUUGCCGAAUAUAAAAAAAUUCACCUCUGUUGAUGGAUAUCUUGAUAUGGAAGCUCAAAAUCUGCAAAAAAGAAAACGCAAAAGAGAUGUUGUUUCAGUUCGUGAAUACUAUUGUUACAAACUUCAGAUGAGGAACAAUGAUGAAGAUGAAAUUUUGCAUACCGGAAGGUUAUUCCAGCAGUAUUCGGUUGAUGAAUAUAUAAAAUUGGAGACACAAAGGUUGGACUUUGUUUCGUUCAAUCAAGAUUUGUUCAGAAUGGGUAUACUGCAAGGACUUCUUUGAUAUUCUAAGACUUGGCGAACGAGAUGCUUCCAAUGUUGGAAAACAAACAUUUUUGCCAAAUUCUUUCAUAGGAGGUCCUAGAGAUAUGCGUCAACGUUAUAUGGAUGCUAUUGCAUUGGUGCAACGUUUCAGAAAACCUGAUUUAUUUAUAACUAUGACAUGUAACCUAUCUUGGACAGAAAUAAAAGAACAACUAUGGUCAACUGACGAAGCACAAAAUAGGCCUGAUUUGAUUACUCGAGUGUUCAGAGCUAAAAUAGAAGAGCUGAAGACGGAUAUAUUAAAACGAAAUAUCUUUGGAAAAGUUGUUGCUUUUAUGUAUACUGUGGAGUUUCAGAAACGAGGUUUAUCCCAUGCUCAUAUUCUCAUUAUACUAGGUAAUAAGCACAAACUGUUGACAGCAGAAGCAUACGAUGAUAUAAUUAGAGCAGAAUUACCAGAUGGUAAGGCAGAACCAGAUUUGCGUAAGAUUGUCAUCAAGCAUAUGAUGCACGGUCCUUGCGGUAGUUUAGAUCCAACAAAUUCUUGCAUGAAAAAAAAGGGUUACUGCAAGUUCAAAUAUCCAAAAUGUUUACCGAUCAAACAUCGAAAGGAAAUGAUUCUUAUCCAGUUUACAGAAGACGAAAUACAGGGGAAGUUGUAAAAGUAAGAGAACAAUAUUUAGAUAACUCUUGGGUUGUUCCAUAUAAUCCUUAUUUACUUGGGAAAUUCAACUGUCACAUAAAUGUUGAAGUGUGCUCCGACAUCAAAGUCGUGAAAUAUCUCUACAAAUACAUUUGUAAAGGACAUGACAAAAUUGCAUUUUGUGUACAAAAUAACGAUACGGACAUAGAGAUAGAUGAGGUCAAAGAAUAUCGAUCUGCUAGAUGGGUAUCACCUCCGAAAGCUGUAUGGCGUCUCUUUGGUUUUCCUAUAAGCGAAAUGACUCCUAGCGUUUAUCGUCUUCAGCUACAUCUUGAAGGUCAACAAUUUGUUUCCUUUAAGAGCAACGCGGAUAUACAUACAAUUGUGAACAAUCCGAUGAUCCAAAAAACAAUGUUAACUGAAUUCUUCUACAUGAAUAACACCGACGAAGAUGCUAAAGAGCUCAACUUAUUGUACAAAGAAUUCCCUGAAUACUUCGUCUGAUCUUCCAGUGACAAAUUUUGGGCACGUAGACAAAAACGUUGUGCUGUUGGCCGUAUUGUGACAUGUCAUCCAACAGAAGGAGAACGAUAUUAUCUUAGAUUAUUACUAAUGCAUGUGCGAGGACCGAAGUCAUAUAAGGAUCUUUUGACAGUAAAUGGAGAGCCUUGUAGUACUUUCAGAGAGUCCGUAGAAAAAAGAGGAUUACUACACUGUGAUAAUAGCUUGAUAGAGUGUAUGUAUGAGGCCGCAAGUUACCAAAUGCCAUAUAGUUUAAGGCGUUUAUUUGCUACAUUAUUGGUGUAUUGUGGUCCCGCCAACCCCAGAAAAUUAUGGGAACAAUUUGAAGAAUCGAUGAUUGAUGACUAUAAAGUGUUACAAACUAUUGAAAGAAGAGAAAUUCGAUAUCAAGCUCUGAACCAUAUCAAUGACAUUUUACAUUCUAUGGGUCAUGAUGUAAAUGAGUAUGAACUUAUUCCAGAAACUAUCAGGCCUUCUACAGCAGCAAAAGAGGCAAAAGAGAUUCAUUUUGAAAGAUCUAUUAUUGUUAGCGAAGAUGACGUAUUACUGCAUUGGAAAUUAAACAAAAAUUAACUGAUUGCAUAUAAUGUGAUUACUGAAAGGAUAUUUUCGAAUAAACCAGGCGCAUUUUUUUGUAGAUGGUCCAGGAGGAACAGGGAAAACUUUUUUGUACCGUGCUUUAUUAGCAACUGUACGAUCCAUGGGAUAUAUAGCUUUGGCAACAACUACUUCUGGUGUUGCCGCUUUUAUUCUCCCGGGAGGACGUACUGCUCAUUCACGUUUCAAAAUUCCUAUUCACAUCAAUGAAAAUGCCAGUUGUAACAUUAGCAAAGAAAGCGCACUUGCAGGUUUAAUCCGAGAUGCAAAAUUGAUUGUAUGGGAUGAGAUAUCUAUGGCCAAAAAAAGAAUGUUGGAAGUUUUUGAUCUACUCUUAAAAGAUCUGAUGGAUACAAAUGCAUUAUUUGGCGGAAAAGUUGUUGUUUUAGGAGGUGACUUCAGACAAACUUUCCUGUUGUGCGCUAUGGAAAAAAAGAAGAUUUCAUCAACGGAAGUUUAUUAUAUUCUAGCAUUUGGAAUGAACUUGAAAAAUUAAAAUUAUUUGAGAAUAUGAGAGCAAAAACAGAUCCUGCAUUUUAUGAUUAUUUGUUAAGAAUUGGAAAUGGACAAGAACGAGUCAAUUCAGCAAGCAAGAUUGAAAUUCCAGAUUCUUUGAAUAUUCCUUACACAACCGAAAAAGAAUCUCUUGAUAAACUAUUCACAGCGACAUUCAAACUUGGAUUCGUUAUGCUCUAAUUCAUCCUGUACAGAUUCCCGUGUGAUCUUGACAACAAAAAAUGAUUUCGUCGAUGAAAUUAAUGACAUGUGAUGGAUAUAAAUUAUUCAUAUAUUUUAAUAUAAAAAUAUAAUAUUUUAAAUAUAAAACAUGACCAAUUUAUAUCCUAUUCUCGUGCUUUUCUAACAAUUCGUGCAGGAAAAAGAAUACAUGGAAAAAGAGAAAAAGAAAGAUCUACGGUUCAAGGAAGAAGGAUGCAUCCGUGACAACUUCAUCUAAGACUUUAUAAAAUCAAGAGAUACAAAAGUUAUGGCAAAUUCUCACCAAAAUUUCAUGACAAAUUGCCAUGUCAAUUUCUCAUCAAGGUCAUAUGAUAUAUUAAUAUUAUAUUGCAAUUUCUCACCAAGGCCUUGUAGGAAUUUUCCUGUAAAUAGCCAUAUGUUUUUAGAAGAAAGGGCAUCCCUCUUUGUAUCCAAUUUUCUAUCUAGUUUUUUUCUAAGUUUCUAAAGAGAAAGAGAAGAGUAAUCUUGGUCUCUUCCUCUAAUAUUUCUCUUUGUAGUAAAAAUAUUCUUAGUCUUUUGAAAGUAUUUUUUAGCUUUUCUUACUGCAUAAUGGAGUAAUUUCUUUUUGUUGGGAUAGUUGAUGAAGCUUGAUAUAAUUAUAAUACUAUCUCAGUUUCAAUACAUUCUUGGCUUGAAACUCUAUAUACAUUUCAU